CAUGUGCUGUGUUGCACUGUUGAUGCUGAAGAGGCGUGUUUACAGAGAAACCUGCCCGUCCUGUCCCAGUGCUCGUCCACGUCCCAGUCAGAGAAGAGGAGCUGCUCCUGCCAAAAAGAGAAACUCAGCACAUACAAGCACAUACACACUGAUGGCAGCAGCAGCAGCGCGGGUCUACACUUGUUUCCUCCUCACGUGGCUCAUAACUAAAACAAAUGGAAAAACUCCAGAUGUUCCAGUAACCUGCCUGUUCUCGGAAGACUGUAUCUUACCCUGCAGCUUUAAAGCCACCGGUGGUGAGGAGGUCCAGUGGUUCAGGCAGAAUGAUCUGGUCUACAGUCUUCCUCAGGGCAGUGACCAGCCCAGUGAGCAGUUUGUGGGCAGGACAUCAGUGUCAGCCCAGCAGCUCGCCCUGGGCAAUGCUGCUCUUUCACUGCAGCGCUGCGGACUGCAGGACAGGGGGCGCUACAAGUGCCGUAUCAUCAAGGGCAAAGAGGAGGAUGAGUCCUUUGUUAUAGUGAAAGUGGAAGCCCCUAUCCAGUCAGUGAAUGUAGAGAUCACUCGUCUGAGUGGCUUUGAGGAGGUAAAAUGCUCCACACAGGGGGUCUACCCUGCUCCUCAUGUGUCAUGGACUACUGAACCACCCACCUCCUUAAAACCCAUCACCCGCAAAAUACCCAAUAGGCUGGGCCUGUAUGAUGUGGAGAGCAAACUGAAGAAACUGAGAGAUCGCUCCAGCUUCACCUACAUCUGCACUGUUAAUUCAUCCUACUCCACCCAGACCUGGACAACAUCACUAACAGAAACAGUCAUCAACCAAAUUUCCUUCACAUCGAAAUCAUACUCAUCUCUUACCUGGACAGGAAUAAAUUCAGCUGAGGGUAAGGAUCUCACCAUCCCUUGCAAAGCACCAUGGGUCACACAGAACUUCACGCUGACCUGGACCUUCAAACUGACCAGAACAAACAAACCCACCGUCAUUUGCACUUAUGACAGCUGGACUCAGCUUCUGACCAACCAGUGGGAGGGCAGAGCCGGGGUGGAUGCCUUAGCGCUGCAGGCAGGGGAUGGAUCCCUGCAGCUACUCAGCCCUCUGAGUGCAGAAAACACAGGAACUUACAGCUGCACCAUCUCAAGCCUACAGAGGAGACAUGAAAGCCAGACAGCGGUCAACAUCACCGCACUGGCUCAUGAAAGUGAGAGAAUGGAGGUGAAGACAGGGAGCUCUGUACAGUGGUGGAUUCCCACUGUAAUAUUUGCUGCUCUUGCUGUCACUGGAGCAGUUAUAGUAGGAGUACUGAAACUGAAAGACGACUGCUUACAUUCAAAUAGCACUGAAAAGGACAGAGAUUCACAUCAGGUUAAAGUAACAGUUACAGACAUUGAGGCUGUAUCAGAAGGCAGUCACUUAACUGCUGACCCAACUGAUGAGCACACAUGAGGAGGACGUGAAGGUUCUGCACUGAAGAUGCUACUGCAGUUACGACACCUGGCUGAACCUUCAUCCAUCUUUAACUGCCCCAGAUUGUCAAAUUUAUCUGGAAAGCACCUGAUGAAAAACAGAACUGAACAGAACCCAUGAAGAAAAUUCAUACAUGUGUACAGGCUUCGUAUAGACAUUCAAAUCCUAUAAUGCUCACUGGAAUAUUCAAGAAGUCCUUUAUAAUAAGAACAGAGCAAAGCCUGUAAAGUCAGGUCUGACAUUAUUUAUUAGCAGAAAGCAGUGUGUCAGUAGCAGCAGUUAGAAGGGUGACAUUUCUAGGGGAUUAUAGUGAGAAUAAGAACAAUUAGUGUGACUGCACAACACAUUGUUCCAGCAUUGCAAUCGCAAUGUGAGCAUGCACAAUAUCAGCUACAAUGACCAACCAAACCAACACACAUUAUGCUCUGUUUUAUGCUGCUUGAUGCAAAAGAAAAAUUAACACUGUUUUUAUUUUCUAUCAAAAAGGCUAUCUACCACAGGCAAAUUAUAUAUGUGCUCACUAUCAUUCAGUUAUUUUACUAUAAUUCCAAAUACAGAGUGCUUUAUUUAUUUCAUGACGUGCUGGGUCAGUGACAUUUGGACAAAUAUUUUUGAAAUAUAUUUCAGAUAAAAAAGUUGUAGUGCAAGGUCAGUAUCAUGCAUCCAUAUCACCAAUUUUAGGUAAUAUAGGCUAAAAUGUUAAUAAUAGAUACUAAAAAUUAUAAUCUCUUAAAAAAAAGGAAAAAGAUUGUUUUUUUUCUCGCAGGUCAUAUUUUAAGGCUUUUCAUUAGUCUUACCGAAUGUACCUAUUCAUCAACCUAAUAUUGUGUGAGUGUGUUUCUCAAGGAAUCCCUAGUGGUUCUAGUAUUUCUUGCAAUAUGGUUAAAAUAGCUUAUAUUAGGCAUAUUAGUAGGCAGAAUAAAUUCAAAUGACAAAUUAUUGUAUGUAUUGAUUGCUGCAUUGGAACUAUGAGAAUAUUAUAGUUUUGGAAGCUAAAACUUCUCAAAUUUACCUGAAGAUAUGAGUAAUCAUUUAAUAAUUAAGUGGCCAAAUGGUACACUGGGACUGUUUUUGAACGCCAGACAAAAAUGUAGAAAUGUAGUAUUUACGUGGUUUUGAGAAGAUGUCACUGGUGAGAGUAGAUGUUUAGGAAAAAAAUUAGGAAACAAAAAUGUGAAAAAGACAGUGUAUGUAUAUAUAUCAACAUUAACAUAAACAAUAGUUAAGAAAAUGAUGUAAAGACCAGCAUUAAAUCACAAAGAACGAUGGCUAUUUGAUUUGUAGUUUUACCAUUUGUAGUCAUUUGUUGUUUUUCUGUCCUUUUUCCUUGUUCAUUAAGAGAAAUGUAGUCUGUUUUGGGCUUGAACAAGUGAUGUCUGAUUCAGUUUCUGAUUUGUUGAUAUGGGCCCCCAGAGCAUAAAAAGCCAAGGUCUGCUCUAGAGUAAUGAUACUAUAAAAUCUGCACUGGAGCUACAAUGCUAAUGCAGCUAGCAAGUUAUGGAAACAAGUAAUGUGUUUAGUAUUUCAAACAAUUUCCAAAAACAGUUUAGAAUAAAUGGUUUAAAAAUCCUUUACUGGAGUUUUAUAGCAAAUUAACCAGCACUGUUUGUACAACAGUUUUUGAUUUAAUGACACAAAUACUCUAUAACUAAAUAAACUGAUACAUGCAAAUGGAUCAAAUCGCAAAAUCUUCAUUAGCAUCACAGCUAGAUUGCUAUGUAGACAGUAGGAACUAAUGAUAUCUAGAUAACUGAGUAUCCUUUUUCACAUUAUGCACUUUUUUCAUCCUUGAAAACUGUGUUGCUGGUAAUACAUCACAGUAGAGCUAUUAGACCUAGUAAACCAGUAUAGCAGUAUAACACUUGUUUUGCUAGUCAGAAGCUAUGCUACCAAGUGCCAAUUGUUGAUUAUCUUUUUGUAAAGCAAAAUGUGAUUUGUUGUAAAUAUAGAGAGAUUUAUUAAAUGUGUAAAUGUCUGUAUUUUAACUCCUUGUUGAACUGAAGCUUCUUAUCUAAAAAUAAAAGUGUUAAGCAGAGAAA